UAGCCACCAUGACAAACGUCGUAGGUUCACUAUCACCGUAGUCUUAGAUUAUAUGCCUCGACGGCUCUCUUGAUUUGCCCAUGAUGACUCCAUGGCUCUCAUUAGUAAUCUCUGUCUCUCAGGUCGCAAGCAUAUAAAGUCCCGUAUAUUUGAGAAGACGUAUAGUAGAUCAGCACUUCUCUGGAAUAUCUUAUAACAUGUCUUUCCGCGAUCAAGUCCACAAGAGCUGCACUCAGCUGUUGCAGAAACUGGCAGAUAGCUGCAGCCAUUCCCAUGGACUAAGUACUAUCUCAUGCUCUGUGUAUGAUACUGCCUGGGUGUCAAUGAUACAGAAGCCGGUAAAAGGAUCCCCUUCCCAAUGGCUCUUCCCAUCAUCCUUCGCCCAUCUUCUGAAUACCCAGUCCCCGGAUGGCGGGUGGACAGGGACGUCAGACUGCGGCGUGGACCACAUCCUGAACACAAUGGCUGCACUCUUGUCUCUACUUCGACAUCGAACCUCCCUUGCCACUUCUAACGAGCACAAGGAGGAGGCGCGCGAUCUGGACGAGAGGAUCUUUCGAGCGAUGGCUUUUCUGCGCCCGAAGCUUCAGCUUGCAGACGUCGCAAGUGUUGACCGCGUAGGAUUGGAGCUUCUUAUUCCCGCCCACCAACGUCUCUUGCAAGAGGAGGGAGUGUUUUUGGAUUUUCCCGGUGCCAUAGAGUUGAACCGGUUGCGAGAGGCCAAGCUGGCCCGCUUCUCCCCGGAAGUUCUGUACGGCAGCACACCCACCACGAUCACCCAUUCUUUAGAAGCCUUCAUUGGAGUUGUCGAUUUUGAUCGGAUCCGCCAUCGAUUGGACUUUGGGAGCAUGCUGGCGUCUCCUUCCUCAACCGCUGCCUAUCUGAUGAGCUCCUCUCAAUGGGAUAAUACUGCUGAAGCCUACCUGCGUGCUGCUGUAGAACAUGGUGCAGGGCAGGGCUCAGGAGCCGUCCCUAGCGCUUUCCCAACAACCACCUUCGAGGUCGUCUGGGUGGCUUCGACACUUCUGCAGUACCAGGUCGUGCUUGGGGACACGGGACAGCAGUGUUUGCAAACUAUCGGGCAAUACCUGAACCAUAUUUAUGAGCGCCAAAAUGGGGUGUUCGGGUGGGCGCCCACCCUGAUCGCUGAUGCUGACGAUACGGCGCGCGGCGUCUUGACCUUGAACUUGAUCGGCUACGCCGCACGACCAGAGCAGUUAAUCGCACAAUUCCGAAAUCAUGACCACUUUCGAACAUAUCCCCAGGAAAGAGACCCAAGUAUCAGCACGAACUGCAAUGUUCUUGCCGCAAUGCUUCAUACAACGGAACCAUAUCAGUAUAUUAAGGAUAUCGAGUUGACGCUCCGCUUCCUCUACCGGCAGCACAACGCAGGGCAUUUCCAAGAUAAAUGGAAUAUAAGCCCUAUGUAUCCUCGAAUGCUCCUUGCCACUGUGCUUUCACGGGUGACACAACUUUGGGCUAAAGGGCCCCUCGCCUCUUUGGCACUUGACUGCGUGCAAACGGCUUUUGUUGUCCUCAGCAAUCUGCUGCAGAAGACACUUAUGGAGCAAGAUCAGGCAACAGGAUCCUGGAAUAAAUCCACUGAGGUCACCGCGUAUUCUGUUCUUACAUUGGCCGCUGCCUCCAACACCCCCGCCGGAGCUGUGGUCGGGGAGAAGCUUCGCACCAGCAUCAUUUAUGGACGCGCAUUUCUCGAAGCCAACUUUCAACUAUGGGGCCAUGACCGGCCUCUUUGGAUUGAGAAAGUAUUGUACAGCUCCCCCUUACUCUCGAGUGGGUUCUGUAUUGCCGCGCUGCUCACCCCGACCUUUACCAUGCAGGUGGCGAGCAACGAGGAUGGGGUGACAACGAGGGUACCAAGUAACAGCCUACUCCACUUCCGAAAGUUCUAUUCCCGUCUGCCCCUUCUUAGUGCCGAACCGCAGUGGCGGCUCACAUCCUCUUUGUACGAGGCGGAAUUAUGGUAUCAUCGCUUGGCCGAUCAGCGUCACGAAAUCUUCCCUCGCGAUAACAUGGCGCCGGACAAAUACCUGCAAUAUAUUCCACAAACCUGGACGCUCUGCAACGCACGCAACGGCGAUGCGCUGGAGCCAGAUCUAAUGUGGAACAUGAUGAUUAUCUCCAUGCUCAACUAUCAAGUGGAUGAGUUCCUUGAGUCGGUCGUAGGGGCCUAUACUGCGGAAGAGGUCAAUGUCGUACGAAACAUUAUCCAUAGAUUGUGUGACGACGAGCAGCACCACCGAGAAUCACCCCUUCCGAAUCUUCUGCUCCAGGGAGAAGACCCAAGCUCAGACGAAGAAAACAGUGAUAUACACCUACGGCGCUCCGAGCCCACCCCUCCGGAAUCUCCCAAAGACGGCAACGCGAACCACACCCUCGCUCACGCUAGCCACAUUCUGUACAAAUUCACUCGCUACAUACUCUCACAUCCGGCCGUUGCUCACAGCCCUGUGAAUACACGUCGCCUCCUUGCCCGCGAACUCGAGACUUUUCUGCAAGCACAUCUGACCGAUCUGGUGACGAGCCAGCAACUGCAUCAAUCUCUCCCCUAUCUCCACCUACAUGAACAGCUUGCCAAGCCACCAUCUUCCUACUUCACCUGGGUCCGUACCACCUCCGCUGAUCACACCAGUUGUCCAUAUUCCUUUCACUUUUUUGCUGCCCUCGUUGCCUACUACCACCGCCCUCCAGAUACAAGCGCUCCUCAAUCUGCCUUCUACGGGCCCCGCCAACGCUACCUAGCAGAAUCUCUCUGUCGCCACCUUGCCACCAUGUGCCGCCAAUACAACGACUAUGGCAGCAUUUCUAGGGACAUCGUGGAAAGGAACCUCAACAGCGUCAACUUUCCUGAGUUCUGGGAGCAGGUUGGGGAUGGAAAGAUAGCCGACACCCAUAAUGACGGCGGCGACCACGGCAAACCGACUGACAAGUCUCUAGAUGCGGUCAAAGCAGAUCUAAUCUGGCUCGCCGAGUACGAACGGGCCUGUUGUAUGGGCGCCCUGGACCGUCUAGUGAAUGAGACUGGGUUACCGACACGCACGGCUCGGAUCUUGCAGACCUUUGUCGAUGUGACUGAUCUUUUUGGGCAAAUCUACGUGGCACGAGAUAUUGCAAGCCGAGUGCGAUAAGGCUUGAUGUUAUUUUAUAUGCGACUGCAUGUUCCUUAGCCUAAAUCUUGAUUCUGCGCCCGUAGGUCUCUAUUCCUAGCUUCCUUUGGGCUUUAAGCGAUACAUAUUCAUUGUGCACCCCUCUUCUUGACAUGACAAGAUGUGGGAAGUGACCUUUAAGUCGCUGUUUGGAUUCAAUUUUGGGCAUGUUUAAGCCGCCUGGCGUAGAUAGUGGAUGGUAUUUGCAAGACUAAUGGCAUGAUCCAUGCUUAAAUCAUGGCCCAGAACAAGUUGAUUGAUUACUAUAGGGGUGAAAUCGCGUUUGAAUAUGGCUUGGUGAGUCUCUCGCAUCUAUACUAUUGUACCACAUUUUAUGCUUCAAAUUGAGCGUGCUCCAAGGUAUAUUAAUCGCUUCCAGCAGGCUGCUUCAGACCAACUCAAUACGUGCGCAAUUAAUCGGCUUAUGGAGGCUGCACUAUGUUGCCGCGAUUAUAGUAUACA